AUGUCUGGCGAGGAUGAGCCUGAAGAGGCGACAAAUGUGACCGAGAGGGAAAGCGUUCUGGCGGAGCGAAUAUGUCACGCCAUGUUUUGGCAUUAUCAACAGCUUCGUCCUUUGACGCUCAGUUAUUACAGGAGACCUUCGAUAACGCUAUUGAGGAGACGUGCCGCAGCUUUGGCCUUUUUUCACCUUUUCAAAAUACCUCUACAGCGAGACGUCCCUGUAGAACCUGAAAAUGGUACGAGCCCAGUCGUCGAAACCCCUCCAACACAUGACUCAGCAAGCCCAAUGCUCACAGCGGACCAAAUCAACAGUAUGACCUAUGAGGGUGCCAUCAGCAAGGAGAGACUGAAGAAAUUCCCCAAGUCAUACUAUCAUGUUCAAGAAAUGAACAAAGGACCUGGUACGUUCCUAAAUCAGUUGCAGGUAGAAUUUUUUUCCGUAACUACUUUCUUCCUCUGA